UUUAAAAAAUAUUCUCGUUGUGUUUAGUUGUCUGAGAGAGCGGACCGUUGGGUUUUUGUUUAAUUUAAUUUAAUUUUGUUGCUUUAACCACUACUCGGCCCAUCGACAAAACAUUGCGCAGGCAUUUUCUUAAUUAAUUUAUUUACGUCUCGCUAUUGAUUUUUUUAAUGUAAGCAAAAAGUAAAAUAUAAAUUUAUAUAUGCAUACAAACAUAUGUAUGUAUGUACACAAGGGGAAAAAAACUAAAAGAAUAAACUGAGUGAACCGCAACAUCAACAUCAACCACAGGAUAUGAGAAUGUCGUAUCCGCCACAGCAGCCAAAAGGACGAGGCCGUCCACGUGCCUCUUACGCUCAGACAGGAGAAUUUGAUUUAGGUCUCAUACGGGAAUUUCGUUCACGUCCCGCUCUCUAUGAUCGUUCUAAUAAACGUUUCAAGGACAAACCCCAUGUAGCCCAACUUUGGCUGCAAAUAUCCAAUAAACUAGGUUAUGAUGUUACCAUGCUGAGAGAGCGCAUGAUUACUUUGAGAAAUCGUUAUAAUAUUGAAAAACGUCGAGUCGAAAACGGCAUAACUACAGUUAACUCACAGUGGCCUCUCUUUGAGACUCUUCACUUCCUGGCCGAUCACAUACGUUCGCGACGUAGCUUCAAGAAUAUCAAUAGAAACGAUGAUGAUGAAGAACCCUUUGAUGUGGAGGAGUAUCAUAGUGAUAGCAAUGGGCAGGUGGCCAGUAUUAAGGAUGAGUUGGAACAGGAAUAUGAUGAAUACGACUGCGAACAGCAGUUGCCAGUGACCACAGUGUUGAGCAUACCACACAGUUCGGAUGUUCAAACUCAUUUGAACGGCAGCGAUUUGACGGCAUUAAAUGGCGAUAAAAAUAGUCAUUCAAAUAACUCUACGGGAAUCAUAACGCGUCGUCAGCAGGAGGUAAUUGGGACCGCACUUAAAACUCCCUCAAAACGUCCAGCCAUAACAGAGGAGUCAGAGAUGCAGCAGCAUCAACAACAUCAACCAUCUAUGGCCAAAAGGCGAUUUGAUCAAUCCACAUCCGCAUACAGCAACACAUUGACACCAGCAACAUCUACAAAUGUUGCCACAAGCUCCAUAGCCUAUGCCAAAUUCCAUGGUUUCGGAGAAUUCAUGACCCAUUCAUUGACUGAAUUGCCAUUACCAACAGCAUUGCGUUUAGUGCAAAAAUUUACGCGUGAACUUGUCCAGACCGCAAUACGUUGCCAACAGGGCAACAGUCAAUCUAAGCCCGAUGCAGUCGAACUGAGCAGUGAUCUGGAGGAAGAUGAUUAGAAAAAAUUAUCCACAUAAUACACAAACAAACAAAACAAAAAACUAUAUAUAUUUAGAAAAUUAGGCGGCACCAAAAACAAUUUUUCAUGUAAAAAUCUGAAAUACAUAAUGAAGGAAAUUAAUAAAGUAAGACGUUUUCAGCACUGAA